AUGAUAAAUAUUGAUCAAGAAACAAUUGUUAGAGAAAUCAAACAAAAAAGCAGAAGAAUCAUGGGAGGAGGAGGUCCAGAUGAUGAUGAUGAUAAAGAGGAUGUGAAGUGGCCGCCAUGGCUGCGACCACUGCUUCAAACAAGCUUUUUUGUUCAAUGCAAGCUCCAUGCUGAUGCUCAUAAGAGUGAAUGCAAUAUGUAUUGCUUGGAUUGCAUGAAUGGUUCUCUUUGUUCUCUUUGCCUUGCUUAUCACAAAGACCAUAGAGCUAUUCAGAUAAGGAGAUCUUCAUACCAUGAUGUGAUAAGGGUUUCUGAGAUUCAGAAAUACUUAGACAUAACAGGAAUUCAGACCUACAUUAUUAACAGUGCCAGGAUUGUUUUCUUGAAUGAAAGGCCACAGCCUAGGCCUGGCAAAGGUGUCACCAAUACCUGCCAAGUUUGUGAGCGUAGCCUCCUUGAUUCCUUCAGCUUCUGUUCUCUUGGUUGCAAGAUUGCUGGGACAUCCAAAAACUUCAUCAAGAGAAAGAAAAUGUCUAGGGAAACGGACGGGUCAGAUGCUGAGUCAUUGAAUGGUGUUAGCAAUGGGAGUACAAAGAGCAAACGACAAAGCUUUACGCCGUCGACGCCACCGCCAACAGCCGUGAAUUACAGGAGUGCAAAGAGGAGAAAGGGAGUUCCUCAUCGAGCUCCUAUGGGAGGUCUCAUUAUAGAAUACUAAUCAUAGUCCUUUUUCUCUCAACCGAUACAGCACGCCAAUGUCAACAUCUGAGCCUCGUGCCUUUGAGGCCGGUGUUGGUAACCAAAUUAUGCCAAUCUUAUAUUGUACAGAGAAAUGGGCAAAAAAACAAAAAAAGAAAAAGAAAAGAAAAACCAUAAUAAAAAAAAAUAAUGAAAAUGAAGGCAAAAAA